UUGAACUAAAAGAAUAUAAUAGGAAAGUAACAAAUACACUUAGCAUAUCAAAAGAGACUACGGUUAUGUCUGAGACUAGAUAUUAGCAGCUGUUGCCUAAUUGCAUUAAACAGUCAUUCGCAAAAGCGUUAUUUUUUUAGGUCAGAACUGAUAAGUAUGAGAAAAUAAUUAAGGUGCAUUUUCCAAAGGACUGCUUGCCUGCACAAUAUUAGUUUAUUUCUUUGCAUUUCAUCAAGAAAAUUUCUCCAGAUUUUGUCUCCCUUCAACUUCCAGGCUUUAUGUUGGUCAAGAACAGUGAGUUAGAAUUUGAAAUAUUCAAUUUUUUUCUGCUCUAAGUACAUUCAGAAAUUGUAAUCUGCUUGAAAUUCUGGAGAAAUUAGGCCUGACAUAUCCUGAUAUUGAUUCAACUCUUUUGAAACUAUAUUUUGACAAACUUUAUCACCACAGAAAUUAUCAAGAAUGAGUGCUGUCAAUACUAACAUACAUGGCAAAGUUGUCAUUGUAACAGGCACAUCAAGUGGAAUUGGCUGUGCAAUUGCAGAAGCCUUUGUUAAAGCAGGUGCAAAUGUUGCUAUGGCUGCUCACAGGGAAGAUAAGCUGCAGGAAUUAUGCAAGAAGUUCUCAGAAAAUGCUCAAGGCCAAGUCAUUGCCAUUAAGACUGAUGUUACUGACAAACAGCAGGUGAAAGAGCUUGUUCGACGUACAGAAUGUUCUCUUGGACCAGUUGGUAUUUUGGUCAAUUGUGCUGGUAUUGGAUAUUACACUUUGAUGAAAAACCUUAAAGAAGACGAAUGGGACAGAACAAUAGAUACUAAUUGCAAGGGUGUGACUAACUGUAUUGGUGUUGUCCUUGAUGGGAUGAUAAAGAAAAAAUCUGGUCAUAUUGUCAACAUAUCCUCUGAUGCAGGAAAAAAAAGGGUUUCCUGGUUUAGCUGUAUAUUCUGGAUCAAAAUUCUUUGUUGAAGGUUUAUCCCAAGCUCUAAGACUAGAAGUGGCUUCCUUGUGAUGUGAAAACAGAGAUAAUAAAUCAUACAACAGAUCAAGAGGCAAAGGAUUUGUAUGAUGUUAGCAGUAAAAUAAAGAUAUUAGAGCCUGAUGAUGUUGCACAAGCUUGCAUUUAUGCUACAUCGCAACCAGAAUAUGUUGCCAUUAAUGAAAUUCUUAUACAACCAAGGGAAGCACCAAUGUAAUGUGAUUCUAGACAGUUCAAAUUUGUUAUUAAGAAACCUAGGAAAGAAAGCUAUAUCAAAUUAUGAAAGUCAACAACUAUUUUUAUGUUAUUUUGAAUAUCAUGAACACAAUUUCCUAAAAUAAUCUAAAAUGAAUUUGAACAACUAUUUUUAUGCUAUUUUGAACAUCAUGAACACAAUUUGCUAAAAUAAUCUAAAAUGAGACUUGAACUCACAUCUCUGUGUCUAAAAAAGAAUUUGAUUUACUCUAAAUAAUUUUAAGAUUAAUAGGGACUUUAAAAACAUUUUGGAAUGUAAUUUUUAAUUAAAUCAUUGAUAUAUAAAUCUAUUUGUAUGUUCUGGUUUCACAUUUUAAAACAUUAAAUAUUCUGGGUAUUAGAAGUGAGUAUCUUGCUAUGAUAAAGGCAGUGGCAGAAAUGAUAGAGCAAGACUAUAAAUUGUAGCGUUUAGGUUCACUUUUCCGUGUUCUGUAUUUAAAUAUUACUCAGAUUCACUUUACUCUUCAGCCCUCCACAGUUAAUAAAUUGAGUACC